GCCUUCUUCUAGUACUGCCUUUUUGGUCUCCACGUGGACAGGCCAGUAAUGGCGGCGCUAGAGGAGUCCGUGGUGACGGAGCGGGGCAUCCGAAACGGCACUGGUAGAGGUCGAGCCCCUAGGGGCCGCUUGGCCAAUCAGAUCCCUCCUGAGAUCCUGAACAACCCCCAGCUGCAGGCAGCCAUUCAGGUCCUGCCUUCCAACUAUAACUUUGAGAUUCCCAAGACCAUCUGGAGGAUUCAGCAGGCCCAGGCCAAAAAGGUGGCCUUGCAAAUGCCUGAGGGCCUUCUCCUCUUUGCCUGCACCAUUGUGGAUAUCUUGGAAAGGUUCACAGAGGCUGAAGUGAUGGUGAUGGGCGAUGUGACAUAUGGGGCUUGCUGUGUGGAUGACUUUACCGCCAGGGCCCUGGGAGCUGACUUCCUGGUGCACUAUGGCCACAGCUGCCUGGUUCCCAUGGACACCUCGGCCCGAGACUUCCGGGUACUGUAUGUCUUUGUGGACAUCCGGAUAGAUACUACCCACCUCCUGGAUUCUAUCCGCCUCACCUUUCCCCCAGCUACUUCCCUUGCCCUGGUCAGCACCAUUCAGUUUGUGUCGACCUUGCAGGCAGCUGCCCAGGAGCUGAGAGCUGAGUACCAUGUGAGUGUCCCACAGUGCAAGCCCCUGUCCCCUGGGGAGAUCCUGGGCUGCACGGCUCCCCAGCUGCCCAGAGAGGUGGAGGCUGUUGUAUAUCUUGGAGACGGCCGUUUCCAUCUGGAGUCUGUCAUGAUUGCCAACCCUGGUGUCCCCGCUUACCGAUAUGACCCAUACAGCAAAGUCCUAUCCAGAGAACACUAUGAUCACCAGCGCAUGCAAGCCAACCGCCAAGAAGCCAUAGCCACAGCCCGCUCAGCUAAAUCCUGGGGCCUUAUACUGGGCACUUUGGGCCGCCAGGGCAGCCCCAAAAUUCUGGAGCACCUGGAAUCUAGGCUCCAAGCCUUAGGACUUCCCUUCCUGAGGCUGUUGCUCUCUGAGAUCUUCCCCAGCAAGCUUAACCUACUUCCUGAAGUGGAUGUGUGGGUGCAGGUAGCAUGUCCGCGCCUUUCCAUUGAUUGGGGCACAGCCUUCCCCAAGCCGCUGCUGACACCCUAUGAGGCAGUGGUGGCCCUGAGGGACAUUUCCUGGCAGCAGCCCUACCCUAUGGACUUCUACGCCGCCAGCUCCUUGGGGCCAUGGACAGUCAACCACCGACGGAACCGCCCCCUCCAGGCCCUGAGCCCGCUGGCAUUGGAGAAGGAGGAGUCCGCGCAGCAAUCUCCAGCCGCGGCUUGCGACGGCUGCAGCUGCGGAGAUGAUAAGGGAGCAACGAACGCUCGAUGAGCCCUUCCUUGGUCUCAGAGCCCUGCCUUCCGGAGGAGCAGCCUCGAGGCUGGUGGUUUUCAGAACAAGAGGCAGAUGUUUUCAACGCCCUGAGCC